UGUGUGUCAGUCAGACAGUAGUUCGGAAUGACAGUGAUUGUUCGACUACCGUAGUAUUGUUAUUUCAGUUAUUUCCCAUUAAUUUACGAUAAAUUUUCGAUAGUUCAAUCACUAGGUCUACGUGACUUUUUGACUGGACACCAUGGCGGCAUCGAACAAUCCAUACAAUAAGUUACUGAAGUCGUUGGACUUGGAAGGGAAGAGAUAUAAGUACUAUGACCUGUCGCAGCUCGGAGAUAAGUACGAUCGCCUCCCGUACAGCAUCCGUGUGCUCGUCGAGUCGUGCAUCCGUAACUGUGAUAACUUCCAAGUCCUGGAGAAGGACGUCAGGAAUGUUCUCGAUUGGGAAACGAAUCAGAACUCCGAGGGUGGGGUCGAGAUAGCAUUCAAACCGGCGAGAGUUAUUCUACAGGAUCUCACCGGUGUACCGGCCGUCGUGGACUUCGCGGCUAUGCGGGACGCGGUGCGCGAGUUGGGCGGUAAUCCCGAUAAAAUCAACCCGAUUUGUCCCGCUGAUUUGGUCAUUGAUCACUCGGUUCAAGUCGACUUUGCUCGAACACCUGAUGCCCUUAACAAGAACCAAGAAUUAGAAUUCGAGAGGAACCAGGAGAGGUUUCAAUUUCUAAAGUGGGGUGCUCAGGCGUUCAACAACAUGCUGAUAGUCCCGCCUGGUUCUGGGAUAGUCCACCAGGUUAACUUGGAGUACCUAGCUCGUGUAGUGUUCACCGGUGACCUCCUUCACCCGGACUCGGUGGUCGGAACCGACAGUCACACCACCAUGAUCAACGGCCUCGGUGUGGUGGGAUGGGGUGUUGGUGGCAUCGAAGCAGAGGCAGUCAUGCUUGGACAAGCGAUUAGUAUGCUGCUGCCAAAAGUGGUAGGCUACAAGCUCAUCGGACAGUUGAACCCGCUGGUGACGUCGACGGACCUCGUGCUGACCAUCACUAAGCAUCUCCGCUCGUUGGGCGUGGUCGGUAAAUUCGUGGAGUUCUUCGGUCCGGGCGUGACGGCUCUCAGCAUAGCGGACCGAGCGACCGUCGCCAACAUGUGUCCGGAGUUCGGUGCCACGGUCGCGCACUUCCCGGUCGACGAGCGGUCGUUGCAGUAUCUGAGUCAGACGAAUCGUUCAGCGGAGAAGAUAAAAAUUAUCGAAGCGUAUCUGAAAGCGACGAAACAGUUUCGGGAUUACAGUAACUCGGCGCAGGACCCCGUGUUUUCAGAGGUGGUAGAACUGGAUCUGGCAACGGUUGUGACGUCAGUCAGUGGUCCGAAACGGCCGCAAGACAGAGUGUCCGUCUCCGUUAUGAAGAAGGACUUCAACGAGUGUCUCAGUAACAAGGUUGGAUUCAAAGGUUACGGCCUGAGUCCGUCUCAGCUCUCGACCACGGGCAGCUUCUCGUUCAGCGACGGGAAGACGUAUACCAUAACCCAUGGCUCGGUGAUUAUAGCCGCGAUUACAUCGUGCACCAACACGUCCAACCCUAGCGUCAUGCUCGGAGCUGGUCUCCUCGCUAAGAAGGCAGUAGAGGCAGGUCUCAGCGUUAUGCCGUACAUAAAAACGUCCCUGUCUCCUGGUUCAGGAGUCGUCACCUAUUACUUGAGGGAGUCAGGCGUUGUUCCGUAUCUGGAGAAGUUGGGAUUCGACAUCGUCGGCUACGGUUGCAUGACGUGCAUCGGUAACUCGGGACCGAUUGACGACAACAUCGCGAACACCAUAGAGAAGAACGAACUGGUCUGCUGCGGCGUACUCUCCGGGAACAGGAACUUCGAGGGUAGGAUCCAUCCGAACACUAGAGCGAAUUACCUGGCUUCGCCUCUGCUGGUCAUCGCGUACGCCUUGGCCGGGACCGUCGAUAUCGAUUUCGAGAAAGAACCGUUAGGUAAACGCGCUGACGGUUCACCUGUGUUCCUGAGAGACAUCUGGCCGACCAGGUCUGAAAUUCAGGAUGUCGAGAACAAACACGUAAUACCUGGGAUGUUCAAAGAGGUAUAUGAAAAGAUCGAACAAGGUUCGCCGUCAUGGCAGGCGCUCGACGUGCCCAAGGGAAAGCUGUACUGCUGGGACCCCAACUCCACUUACAUCAAGAGGCCCCCAUUCUUCGCUGGAAUGACUAAGGAUCUUCCCCCCAUCAAGAGCAUACCGAACGCGCGUUGCUUGCUGCUGUUGGGCGAUUCGGUGACCACGGAUCACAUAUCGCCGGCCGGUUCGAUCGCGAGGAACUCCCCGGCCGCGAGACUCUUGGCUUCUAGGGGGCUGACCCCGCGCGAGUUCAACUCGUACGGCUCGCGGCGCGGCAACGACGCCGUGAUGUCGCGCGGCACGUUCGCCAACAUCCGCCUCGACAACCGCCUGGCGCCGCGCGCCGGCCCGCGCACCGCGCACCAGCCCAGCGGCGACCUCAUGGACAUCUUCGACGCCGCCGACCGAUACGCCAAAGAAAGCGUCCCCCUGAUCGCGAUCGUCGGCAAGGACUACGGCUCCGGCUCCAGCCGCGACUGGGCCGCCAAGGGGCCGUUCCUGCUGGGCAUCCGGGCGGUGAUCGCGGAGUCGUUCGAGCGCAUACAUCGUUCGAAUCUCGUGGGUAUGGGUAUAAUGCCCCUCCAGUUCCGGUCCGGGGAGAACGCGGACAGCCUCGGUCUGAACGGGACGGAGGUGUACACGAUCGACGUCCCGGCGGACCUGGUUCCCCACCAGGUGCUCACGGUUCGAGUCGACAACGGAAAGUCAUUCCAAGUGAUCGUACGUUUCGACACCGAAGUGGAUCUGACGUACUUCAGAAACGGUGGAAUCUUGAACUACAUGAUCAGGAAGAUGCUUUAAAUGUAAUCGGAUAAUGUAUUCGACUGCGGACCAGUGGUGUAGUUUUAAAUGGCAUGGGUGGCAGCGUUUGGCAUUAUAAGUAUGGUCGGAGCCACCUAGAGACCGGCACGCCCCCCUCCCUAAUUAUCAUUUGUAUUUAACUUUUACCGGGUAGUUAUUUAAUAUUUAACUGUUUUUUAAUUUGAUUUGCAAGAUUAUAGCAGAUUUAUUAUUAGUUUGUUAAAUAAUGAACAAAAAAAAUGUGUAUUAAUUAAUUUAUUCUUUCG